AGGACAGCUGAAGGGGCAAAAAGCUCUAAGAGACGCCUUCCAAAUUUGUGUUGUGCAUGGAGAAAAGUGAGCCUGAAUUUAUGUUCGUAUGCCUUGUACUUUUAUCUCCUAGAGCACCAUUCACACGCUGACAUGGAUAAGGGCAUCCACCAAAUAAACAGAUAACGUAAUAAUACUCCGAAUAACACGGGUAUUUAAAGAAUACGCGCGUCUAGUUAGCAAGCCUUCUAUUGAUUGCAGCUAGCUUUUUAUUAUAAACAUUUACUAUCGAAUGCGCUAUGCAUGGAAGCAGUCCAUUUAUGAGUUCUUAUUUGUAGAGCAUCAUCGAUUUCAGUAAAUCCAUUUUCAUCGCGGAAGAAUAAUUUGCUGUGUUGUUAGCCUAAUUACAUUUACCUAUAUUGCAGUCGAAUUCAGCUGGCCCUCCAAGCUGCGGUAUACAUACCACUGAUGUUAUAAAACUUUAUUUUUAAUAUGGCAUUCCACGCUGUAUUUAAACGAAAUAUGUCUUGCUUAUUUUUCGCGUUCGUAUCAAGUCGCACCUUAACCAAAGUGAUGGCGAUUGAAUGCAGAGAUGUCAGUUAAAUGUACACUCUCACCAGCUCAACCGAACUUAAUCUUUGUAGCUCCGCCUUAUUAAAUAAUUGGUUCACAGUUGAGGCUGAGUGUGUAAAGAACUGUUCAUAUAUUAUUUGAUGUUUAUGAUUGGUUAGUGGUGACGACAAUCGACCGGCCUGCUCCUGCCCCCGAGUGAUCAAGUUAGAUUGAGCAGCGACACAGUGUUUGAGGCGGUAGCUGUGUGUAAAGAGCCCUGCAAGUCCAACUGCUCUUACUGGGUUACUAGAUUAAUAUACAGUGUAGCUAACUCCCUCAAGAUGGAUAUGAAGAAAAGAAUUAACCUAGAACUGCGGAAUCGAACACCGUCAGGGGUUAAAGAACUUGUUCUAGACAACUGUCGUUCAAAUGAGGGCAAAAUCGAGGGUCUCACAGAUGCAUUUGAGGAACUGGAAUUUUUAAGCACAAUCAACGUAGGCUUGACAUCUGUCGCAAACUUGCCCAAGUUAAACAAACUUAAAAAGCUUGAGCUCAGUGACAACAGAAUCUCAGGAGGGCUGGAAGUGCUGGCGGAGAGAUGCCCGAACCUCACACAUCUCAACCUCAGUGGCAACAAAAUCAAAGACCUCAGCACAAUGGAACCUCUGAAAAAGUUGGAAAGCCUAAAAAGUUUAGACCUGUUCAACUGCGAGGUGACAAACCUGAAUGACUACAGAGAAAACGUGUUCAAGCUGCUUCCUCAGCUGACAUACCUCGAUGGGUAUGACAAGGAGGAUAAGGAGGCGCCUGACUCUGAUGCUGAGGCAUAUGUGGAAGGCCUGGAUGAUGAGGAUGAUGAUGAAGAUGAGGUAGAGGAGGAAGAAUAUGAUGAAGAGGCUGCACCAGGAGAUGAGGAUGAAGAGGAAGGUGAGGAAGAGGAGGAGGACGAAGAAGAAGGAGAAGAGGAAGAAGAGGAUAUCAGUGGAGAGGAGGAAGAGGAAGAGGAGUUGAAUGAUGGGGAGGUAGAUGAUGAAGAUGAGGAUGACGACGAGGAAGAGCGGGGACUGAAAAGAAAAAGGGACCCGGAGGAUGAAGGCGAAGAAGAGGAUUAAAGCCUCUAACCUGCUCAGUCAUCUUCAGUUGUGACCUGACUGUUUUAACCCUGUAUUUCCCUGUAUUUUCUAAAAUGUCAUGUUGCAGUGGGAAUGGGUGGUGUUAACUUGGUGUGGUGUGGGCAGGGUGGGCAAGGGAUACUUCUUUUUUUUUUUUUUUGUUUUGUUUGUUUUUUUAAAAUUGUAAUUCCCAUUAUUUCUCCUUUGACUGUUUUCUUUAAACCGUACAGAAAGACAGUAGUAGUAAUUUCUUCACGUCAGAAUGGACAGUACACCCAGUGUAAAGAUUUUUUCCCCCCUUACUGUGUUAUUGAUGCCUAAAUGUGUAUACAGAUUGCUGAUGACUUGUGUAUUUAAAGAUAAAAGAAAAAAUAUACCAAAAACUUUUUAGAGUGCAUGUUUGAGUAUAUUUUAACAUUGACUUAUUUUUUUCAGGAAUUACCCCCAACCUGCUUUCCCCCCCCCCUCUUUUAUUUUAGUGUAAAAUGUGCAUCUGUGAUGUCAUCAGAAUGUUGUAUGUGCUGUUUAGGCAUGGUGACAAAUGCACCAUUCUGUCAGUUGGAACAUGCACAGAAAUCACUUUUGUGUGUUCCCUUGGGAAUGUCUGCCAUUAUCAUAAAAUGCAUUACCCCCCUCCCCCCCCUACUCGGAUAGUAGUUUUUUUUUCUCUGUAAAUAGUGACCAAAAUCUGUUCUCUAUUGCUUUUGAUAAUGGCAGAUAUUUCAUGAUUAAUUUCAGCUGUAAUAAUUCUCUGUAAUAAAAUAUUAAGUUCAAAAUAUUUGUGUAACUUGGCCUGUAAACUACAGUAACCUACAGUAUUCUGAUUAGACAGAAUCUGUAAAUUUAUUGGUCAUUACCUUUUCAAAUGCAGAGAAUAGAGACACAUUUUGGGCACAGCCUGAUAUUUGGGCCUGUGGUCUUGCAUUCAAUGGCAUAUUGCUAGUGCAAAACUGUAUUUUCUUACCCUUGCAGUCAGUGAAUGGCUCUUCAUGCCUCAUGAAUGUAUAGUUUCUUUUCAUAUCCGUAAAGUUAGCUUAUCCUGUUUUGUUUUCUUUUUGUCAUCUGUACAGGCAAACGUUUGCUAAACUUUCUCUUAAGCCAAACUUUUAGUUCUUUUGUCAUUCAACAAUUUCAAUAAAUCUUUUUUUUAUA